UUCAACUUCAAUGGAGCAAAACCCUAAAACAGAGAGGAGAAAAUGGCGGUACACAUGGGAAGCUCAGUCUCAUUCUCCGAACCUUCGUCUGUUUCUUUUCGACUCUGAAACUAACCCUAAGAACCACUGCAAUAACCUCAGUGUCUCUAUAAUCCCCGAAAAAUCUCAACUUCUCGUCUCAUGGAUCGGUUCCGAAGCAGAGAGAAGAGAAGAUGGUGUUUCUCUCCGUGUCACUGUUCCCAGGGUGUUGCUAGAUGCCGAAUCUCCGAUAAAGUUCAGAGCUUUGGACGAUCACAUCGAGGUUAGACUUGUUCUGUUACUCCCCGUUGAUCAUCCUCUAGUCUCCGAUUUGGUGACUGGAGAUGGAGAAAAGUCUGCGCCUUUAGUGAUGGGCUAUGAUGUAAAGACUCUGACUUUAAUGGGAGGAGUUCAUCUACACUGUAGAAAAUGCUCAGUUAGGUUAACAAAGAGAGCCCUUUUCGAGUUCUCGGAGAUGCCGUCUGUUAAUUGGCGGGAAUCAGCUGAUAACUGGUUUGGUACUUGCUGUUGUUCGUUUGGUGGGAUUAGUGAGAAGAUGGUGGUUAAGUACACUAACUCUUAUGCAUGCUCUAGUGGGUUGUGUCUGCUUAGUGCUACAACUGUUUUGCUUAGCGAGGAUGACCUCGUAGAGUGUAUCUUGUCUGAUAAAGUUGGAAUGGGUCGGGGUUGUGAUAUUGGUAGAGUUGAAUUGGGUUCGGGAAGAAGUGAAGUGGAUAGUGAGAGCCAUGAGAAUGGAGGUGAGGUUGAUGACUCGAGAGACAAGGUAUCAUCAGUUCCUGAAUGUUGUGUACAUGACUCACAUGGCUCUAGUGAGGGUUUUCAGCUGGACCAGAGACUUACACUCGAUAAGAAGUUUCUGCUUGAUGGGUUUCUUGAGGAUGUUUUCAUGGCAAAGGCAUCGAAUGUAUCCAAGAAUCUUGAUUGGAUUGAGUUGGCUUGCCCAGAGUGCUCAUCUCCUCUUGGAGCCUAUCCUUCUGGCUGCGGGAGCAACAAUGAACCCAUAGAUGGUGGAGUUAGACUCUUCAAGUGCUACAUCUCCACAUCGCCGGCGACGGGUGAAUCCUCUGAUGUUUUCAGGAGAUACACAUUGGAGAGAAUGUUUACCAAUCAGCUAGUGGAAUGCGCCAAAGAAGAGUUAUCGUUUCAUGUGUUGGUCAAAGACUUAACCACCAAAUCGCAUCUCUUCCAGAUUAUCAUCCUGAAUCCGAACUCUUGGUCCUUGACUGGUCUGUGCUCGAGCUUAGAUGAAGCAGGCUCCACGUCAGAGCUAAGUCCGAUUGUGAAGGUUCUGUUUUCAGAUUGCAACAGCUCACUGGUGAAGAAGGUUGAUGAAGAAGUUUACAUUUUGAAGGGACAAGGAGAGGAGUUGAUAGAGCUACUUACACGUGCAAGCAAGUUUCUUCCAUCUUCGUGUGCAUAUCUUCAAGACUCCCUUGUCUCAUCUAUGCAUCUAUGAUAUAAUGAAUCUUUCUUCACCUAUCUUAUUCUUUCCUUUAUAAUGUUUUAUUGAUGAACAUGGAUAUAAGUUCUUGUAAAAGAUUUGUCUUCUUUACUAUGUUUUAUUAACAGUUGUUUUGUUUA